AUGAAAGGUGCUAUUGCAACACAAUGCAGGUUUUUUCGAAAGUUUGACAGAUCAUGGAGCCCUGAGGUCCCUGGAUCUGAUUAUGUGGCAGAUGAUUACAAGGGAAUGAGCUAUGAAGACACUUUGAAAGUAAGGAAAACCAAAUUAAGCCCUGCUUUGAUGACCUACUAUAAGAAACCCGUUAUGAUUCAUCAAGGGAAGAUGCAAUAUUUGUUUGAUAAUAAUGGAAAAAGAUACCUGGAUUUGUUUGCUGGAAUUGUUACAGUAAGUGUUGGCCAUUGCCAUCCGAAGGUUAAUGCAGCAGCUACUGAACAGAUAAAAAAAUUGUGGCAUACUACAAAUAUCUACCUCCAUCCAACAAUUCAUGAAUAUGCACAACAAUUAACUGAUAAGCUGCCAGGUGAUCUUAAAGUAGUAUAUUUUACCAACAGUGGAUCAGAAUCUAAUGAUUUAGCUCUUCAUAUGGCUAGAUUAUAUACUGGUGUGUUUGAUACAGUUUCUUUAAGAAAUGCAUAUCAUGGAGCUAGUCCUUAUUUAAUGGGAUUAACAGCGAUGUCAACUUGGAGAUUUAAUACACCAACUGGAUUUGGUAUACAUCAAGUUAUGAAUCCAGAUCCAUAUCGCGGUCCUUGGGGUGGAAAGAAUUGUCGUGAUUCAAUCUCACAAACUGACAGAGACUGUGAUUGCAAUCCGGAUGAGUGUAAAGCCUGUGAUAUGUAUAUUGAUCAACUUCAAGAUGGACUAAGAUUUUCCAUGCCUAAAUCCAAAAUUGGUGGAUUUUUUGCUGAAUGUAUUCAGGGAGUUGGUGGGACAGUGCAAUAUCCUAAAGAUUACUUAAAAAGAGCUUAUGAUCUAGUCCACGCUCAAGGUGGUGUUUGUAUUUCGGAUGAAGUUCAAACUGGAUUUGGCAGACUUGGCAGCCACUUUUGGGGAUUUGAAUCGAAUGGGAUUCAGCCUGAUAUAGUUACAAUGGCCAAAGGCAUGGGAAAUGGAUUUCCAAUGGGUGCAGUUGUCACUACACCAAAAGUGGCCGAAGUAAUGGGAACAGCUCUUCAUUUCAAUACAUUUGGUGGUAACCCUGUAGCAUGUGCUGUUGGUUCAGCUGUUUUAGAUGUUAUCAAAGAAGAGAAAAUCCAAGAAAAUUGUGAAGAAUUAGGAUCAUAUUUUAUUAAAGAGCUUGUUGGAUUAAAGUCUGAGUUCAAAUGUAUAGGAGAUGUUCGUGGUAAAGGAUUAAUGAUCGGAGUUGAAAUGGUUGAAGAUAGAGAAAGUCGCUUGCCUUUAAAUGGAAAGGCUAUGGCUGAUAUAUGGGAAGAUACCAAAGAAAAUGGGCUCCUCAUUGGGAAAGGUGGUUAUUAUGGAACUACUUUCCGUAUUAAGCCACCUAUGUGUAUUAACAAAAAAGAUGUUGAUUUUUCUAUUGAAGUUUUGCGUAAUUCUAUCAAGAAGGUCAUGGGCUAA